AUGGAAGUAAGAAAAGCGGUGAUUACUGUUCCAGCUUACUUUGAUUCAGCACGUAAUGCAGCAAAAUUAGCUGGCAUAGAAGUUCUUGUCCUCAUUAACGCAGUAGCACUUUCUUAUUCUAUUGCAAAGAACAAUAACAGUGGAAUAUACAUAUUGAAAUUACACCAAGGAGUGUUUCCAGUUCUUGCGGUUGGUGGUGAUGACUUCCAAGUAUGA